AUUAAUCCAUGAUCCACCAAUCACGAACUCACAAUUCCAGUAGUGGUCUGCGCAUUCAUACCAUAUUGUCGAAAAUAUCUAGAAAGUGUUAGAAGUGACCCUUAAAUAGGCUUUUUUAGGCUUAAAUGUGAACUGUCCAUAAAAUCGCAAGCACUCGCGCCUCCGAAUUCUUGUAUCUAGGGUUUUACAGUUUUGUUUCCAUUUCUUGACAACAUGAGCCGUGUUCCUGAGGUAAAGUGGGCCCAGAGGGCAGACAAGGUUUUCAUCACUGUUCUGUUGCCUGACUCAAAAAAUGCAAAGGUCAAUCUUGAGCCAGAGGGAGUGUUUACUUUCUCCGCAAGUGCAGGAGCAGAAAAUAACCUUUAUGAGAUUAAAUUGGAUCUUUUUGAUAAGGUCAAUGUGGAGGAAAGUAAAAUUAAUAUUGGAGUAAGAAGUAUAUUCUGCAUUUUGGAAAAGUCUAAGACGGGAUGGUGGAAGAAGCUAUUGCGUGGAGAUGGCAAGACACCACAUUAUAUUAAAGUUGACUGGGACAAAUGGGUGGAUGAAGAUGAGGAUAAUGGUCUUGGUGAUUUAGAUCUGGGAGGGAUGGACUUUUCGAAUUUUGGUGGUAUGGGAGGCAAGGGUGCUGAUGGAAUGGGUGACUUUGAAGAUAGUGAUGAUGAAGAAGUGGCGAAACCAGGGGAACAAGGUAGUGGCUCAGCAUCAGGAGAAAAAAAGCCAAAAGAAGAAGGUGAAAAAUCGGAAGCAAAAAUAGAAGCUGCUCCAAGCACAUGAAGCUGUUGUAGUUUAGAAUAUCAAAUAUGCCAUAACUAUGGUUGCAGCAUGGGAUAAAAUUUUCAGUUGCUCUGAUGGGAUCAAAGAGUGUGUUUUUUUCCCUAAUCAAGUGGCGCAAAAAAAUUAUUAUUCGGUGCACCGUGUGUGUUAUAACUUGCCAAAACUAUUUAACUUGGAUUAGGAUGUAGUAUUUUUCAGUUGUUUCACGUGUGAGCUCAGUCACAUGCGGCAUGUCGUGAUUGAGAGUAAAACAUUAGUUCAGGUCAUACAAGCAUUUUAAGAACAAUUUCAUUGUUAAGUCUUACCUAUUUAUGCUCAUGGAUUUGCUUGCUGGUUUGUAUA